UCACAGCCGUUGGAUUAAAAUAACCUUUCACACUUCUUACUCUUUUCAAUAAAUAAAAUAAAACUCACCAUCUUCAGUCUUCACUCACUCCAUCUCCUUACUCCGAUCGAGCCACCGUUGCACUCGAUCUCGCCGGGAAUCUCUGCAUUCUCUUCACCAAGAUGAGGGAGAUCCUUCACAUUCAAGGUGGACAAUGUGGGAACCAGAUAGGUUCCAAGUUCUGGGAAGUUGUUUGCGAUGAGCACGGGAUUGAUCCCACUGGCCGUUACACUGGAGACUCUGAUCUGCAGCUGGAGAGGGUGAACGUUUACUAUAACGAGGCAUCGUGUGGAAGAUAUGUUCCUCGUGCUAUUCUCAUGGAUCUUGAGCCUGGUACUAUGGACAGUGUCAGAACUGGACCUUAUGGUCAAAUCUUCAGGCCUGACAACUUUGUUUUCGGGCAAUCCGGUGCUGGUAACAACUGGGCUAAAGGGCAUUACACCGAAGGAGCUGAGCUUAUUGAUGCUGUGCUUGAUGUUGUACGCAAGGAGGCUGAGAAUUGUGACUGUCUUCAGGGUUUCCAAGUAUGUCACUCGCUUGGUGGAGGGACAGGCUCUGGAAUGGGAACUCUGCUGAUAUCUAAGAUCAGGGAAGAGUAUCCUGAUCGAAUGAUGCUUACUUUCUCUGUCUUCCCAUCACCUAAGGUCUCAGACACAGUGGUCGAGCCGUAUAAUGCUACACUUUCAGUUCAUCAGCUGGUUGAAAAUGCUGAUGAGUGUAUGGUUCUGGACAAUGAAGCUCUCUACGACAUCUGUUUUAGAACACUUAAGCUUACCACUCCUAGCUUUGGUGAUCUGAACCAUCUGAUCUCUGCAACCAUGAGUGGAGUUACAUGCUGUCUUAGGUUCCCUGGUCAGCUCAACUCUGAUCUGAGGAAGCUUGCGGUGAACCUAGUCCCUUUCCCUCGUCUCCACUUCUUCAUGGUCGGUUUCGCUCCUCUCACCUCCCGUGGCUCCCAGCAGUACCGGGCACUCACCGUCCCUGAGCUCACCCAACAGAUGUGGGAUUCAAAGAACAUGAUGUGCGCAGCAGACCCGCGUCACGGACGGUACUUAACAGCCUCAGCAAUGUUCCGCGGCAAAAUGAGCACAAAAGAAGUGGACGAGCAGAUGAUAAACGUGCAGAACAAAAACUCAUCCUACUUCGUGGAAUGGAUACCGAACAACGUGAAGUCAAGCGUCUGCGACAUAGCGCCGCGAGGUCUCUCCAUGGCGUCGACUUUCGUUGGGAACUCCACGUCGAUCCAAGAGAUGUUCAGGCGGGUGAGCGAGCAGUUCACAGCCAUGUUCAGGAGGAAAGCUUUCUUGCAUUGGUAUACAGGUGAAGGGAUGGACGAGAUGGAGUUUACGGAAGCGGAGAGCAACAUGAACGAUUUGGUGUCGGAGUACCAGCAAUACCAAGACGCAACUGCAGAUGAAGAAGGGGAGUACGAAGAAGAGGAGGAUGAAGAAGUGGAGUAUAAUGAUUGAAAAUGCUACUGAGGUUACCGUUUUUUUUUAUCAAUCACCAUUUCAUGUUCUUAUGUUCUCGCCCGUAUAUGUUUUCUUAUUGAGUUUCAUGUGUUGUUGUUUGUGAUUGUCUGUGUGUAAAAGUGAGGUUGGAGCUCAAAUUUUUUUUUUUGGUAUGGUGGUGUUAUAUAAUAAUAUAAUUGAGUGCGUUAUGUUUGCAAAGUA